UCUUUAAUAUGACUUGAUCAAAUUGUAAUAGCACAAAACUAAACAGGAAGAGUAUUAAUGAGUCAGUGAUAGCACUGUAUUUAGGAGUGAUCAAAGGGUAAGAUAACUAAAGGUCUUCAGAAAUUUCUUGACAUUUAUAGAACUCCACCAGCAGGAGUAACUAAUUAUGAGGGAAAAAAAACCAAUAUUCAUGUUAUUCCAUGGAAUUGCUAACUCUCUUAUUACCCUUUGUCUAAUGUAGCAUUUGCUGCUGUCUGAUCUUUACGUAUCAACACCUUGAAGAUUUUAGGGUCUGGGGAGUUAGAAGAAGUGCUUGGAAGUGAUAAAUUAUAGCCUAUUUCCUGCAAGUACAAUUUAUAGGUUAAAUAAAGGAGUUUUGAUUUUGUGAGACAGAGUAACUUUUUUUUUCUCUACAGUUUGAAACUCAUGCAGUUAAUGACUCAUACAGGCUUGAUUUUCUCUUUUUCAGGUCUUGUUAGGGUCAGCUAUGCUCACAAGAUAAUGGCUGGAGCCAACCACUCUAUGGUGUCUGAGUUUGUGUUCCUGGGACUCUCCAAUUCAUGGGAGAUCCAACUCCUUCUUUUCCUUGUUUCCUCCAUGUUCUACAUGGCAAGCCUGAUGGGAAACCUCCUCAUUGUGUUUUCUGUGACCUCUGACUCCAACUUACACUCCCCCAUGUACUUCCUGUUGGCCAACCUCUCCUUUCUUGACCUGGGGGUUUGCUCUAUUGCAGCCCCCAAAAUGAUGUAUGACCUUUUUAGAAAGCACAAAGCCAUCUCUUUUGGGGGUUGUAUAACUCAGAUCUUCUUCAUUCAUACUAUUGGUGGCACAGAAAUGGUGCUGCUCAUAGCCAUGGCCUUUGACAGAUAUGUAGCCAUCUGUAAGCCUCUACACUACUUGACUAUCAUGAGCCCAAGAAUGUGCAUUUUAAUUUUGAUUGCUGCCUGGAUCCUUGGCCUCAUCCACUCAGUGGCCCAGUUGGCUUUUGUUAUAGAUUUACCAUUUUGUGGCCCAAAUGUAUUGGAUAGUUUUUACUGUGAUCUCCCUCAGCUCAUUAAACUUGCUUGCACAGAGACCAAUAGACUUGAGUUCAUGGUCACAGCCAAUAGUGGACUCAUCUCUGUGGGGUCCUUCUUCAUAUUAAUUAUUUCUUACAUCUUCAUUCUGGUCACUGUUCGGAAACAUUCUUCAGGUGGUUUAUCCAAGGCCCUCUCUACCUUGUCGGCUCACGUCACUGUGGUGGUCUUAUUCUUUGGGCCGUUAAUCUUUUUCUACACCUGGCCCUUCCCCUCAUCACACUUGGACAAAUUUCUUGCUAUCUUUGAUGCAAUUCUCACUCCUUUUCUGAAUCCAGUCAUCUAUACGUUCAGAAACAAGGAGAUGAAAUCAGCAAUGAAGAAACUUUGCCGUCAGCUUGUGAGUUACAGGAAGCUGUCCUAAAUAAUCUAAAAAUGUAGUUCUAUAAGCUCAAU